AAACCACCGCGGCGGAAGCGCGUGAACGGCGGCGCGUGGAAUCGGCGGCCAUCCAUACAUAGAUCACACGGCGUUGCCGAGUCAACUCAGAAAUGUAAAGCCGCCCGUGUCCCCAUUGGCCUUCUUCUCCAACCACAAAACUAAAUGCAGAAACUUUCUUCCAACACUGCAAUCAAAACCUAAUUAUGAUUCCAAAAUCCACCGGAAAAUCCCAAAUCCAAUCCCAAAUCCAAAUUAACCACCUUCGAUCCCACCCCAUCGCCGCCGCGCCGGAAUGGGCUCCGCCGCCGCCGUCGCCGCCAGGUCAACUUCCCUAUUCUUCUUCUUCUGCUUCUUCCUCUUCCCCUUCUCCGCCGUCGCCGGCCCGAUUUACAAAUCCCUCACGCCCCCCUUCACGGCGUCCUAUCAGCGGUACAUAGACAACUCCGGCGCCGGCGCGUUCUUGUCCUCUCCCAACAAUACUUUUCAGGCGAGAAUAGCAAACUCCGACCACGGAUCGUCGUCCUAUUACUUCGUCGUCGUUCAUGUCUACUCCGACGAGAUUGUCUGGUCGGCCAAUCGGAAUCGCCCCGUCUCCCAAUCGUCCCCCCUCCGGUUCACCGGAAAUGGUCUCACUCUCUACGACGAUUCCGACCACCCAAUUUGGUCGGCGCCGGGAAAUUCCUCUUCUUCUUCUUCUUCCUCGUUGCUGCUGCUCCUCGAAUCUGGAAACCUAAUUUUGCUCGACUCGGACAACAAUACCCUCUGGGAAAGCUUCGAUUCUCCGACCGAUGUUCUUCUGGAAGGUCAGAAACUUCCGGUGGGGAGAAAUUUGGUAUCUUCGAUUUCAGAUAGAAAUCCUUCAGAAGGAGAUUAUCGAUUCGUGCUUACAGAAAACGACGCGAUGCUGCAAUGGAACGGUGUCGAUUACUGGCAGUUAUCGAUGACCAGCACCGCUUUCAGGGAGAAGAACAUCCCCGUCGAGUAUCUGGUGAUGAACUUCUCCGGCGUGUAUUUGAUCGGCGGCAACGCCGAUCAGGUCGUCAUCAAAGCCGUCUUCCGCGACUCCGUCGACGUUUCCGGCAACUCUUCGAUUUUCCAAAUGGCGAAGCUCGAAAGCAACGGUCUUUUCACCAUUACACGCGCCGGUCGAUCGGAAAAUCAAAUCUUCGCCGGCCCCGACGACAACUGCCGCCUUCCGGAGAGCUGCGGCCGGCUCGGCCUCUGCACCAGUAGAGGUUCUUGCUCGUGUGUGCCGGCGUUUCAUUCCGAUCUUAAGGGGGAGUGUGUGCCGGCCGACGGCAGUUUCGCUCUGCCGGAAAGCUGUAACCCAUCGUCGUCUCCGGCUGACGGCGCCGGCGCCGAUGGCAUUAAAUACGUGAAUCUGAGGAACGAUCUCGACUACUUCUCCACUGCUUUCUCCGAUCCGAUAGCCCACAACGUCAAUGUAUCGUCCUGUCAGAAUCUCUGUUCAAAAAAUUGCUCCUGCCGGGGAUUCUACCAUAGCCAUAGCUCUGGUUUUUGUUACCUAAUUUGGAACAGCAUAGGCUCAUUCACGAUAAAGACGACGCAGUCGGACCUCGUCGGAUACGUUAAAACGGUCGCUGUAAAAACUUCCGACGACGCCGACAAGAAAUCGGACUUUCCGGUAUUGCCGGUGGUUUUACUACCGACGUCGGGGGUUAUAGCGAUCGUCCUCGUCGCAACUCUAUUCUGGUUUCGUCGUCGUCGCAAGACAAAGAAACAAAAGAGCUCGAAAUCCGGCAUUGGCAAAUACCUCUCGUCGGCGGAAGAAGAAAUCGACAUAAUUUCGAUCCCGGGAUUGCCGAUAAGGUUCACAUAUCAAGAGCUCGUCGCGGCGACCGGAGAUUUCGGGACCCAGAUAGGGUCCGGCGGGUUCGGGACGGUGUACAAAGGCUCGCUCGCCGACGGAACCGAAGUCGCGGUGAAGAAGAUCACGUGCUUGGGGAGCCGGGGGCGGCGGGAGUUCCUAACUGAGAUUGCCGUCAUCGGGAAGAUCCAUCACGUCAAUUUGGUUCGACUGAGGGGCUUCUGCGCACACGCCGGACAACGGUACCUCGUCUAUGAGUACAUGAACCGGGGGUCGUUGGAUCGAGCGUUAUUCCACGGCGAUCCCGUCAUGGAAUGGCGGGAACGGUACGAGAUUGCCCUGGGUACGGCGAGGGGAUUAGCGUACUUACAUUCGAGCUGCGAGAACACGAUAAUCCACUGCGACGUCAAGCCGGAGAACAUCCUCCUCCAUGACAAGUCGCCGGUGAAGAUCUCCGAUUUCGGGCUGUCGAAGCUGCUAAGCACCGAGGAAUCAGGUCUGUUCACGACGAUGAGGGGGACGAGGGGUUACCUCGCGCCGGAAUGGUUAACGAGCUCCGCGAUUUCGGAUAAAACCGACGUGUACAGUUACGGGAUGGUACUGCUCGAAAUUAUACGAGGGAAGAAGAACUCGUCGCCGCAAACCCACAGCAACAGCUCGGCGUCGGAUAACAACAACCGGGGGCGUGCUAACGGGCACGCGACGUCGUCCGCGUCAUCGAGGGAGUCGGGAACCCGGUUGAUCUACUUCCCGUUGUUUGCGUUGGAAAUGCACGAGGAGGGACGGUAUUCGGAGGUCGUCGACCCGAGGUUGGCGGGGAGGGUUCCGAGCGACGAGGUGAAGAAACUUUUACGCGUCGCGCUUUGUUGCGUGCACGAAGAGCCGAAUUUGAGGCCGUCGAUGUCGAAUGUAGUGGGGAUGUUGGAGGGCGGGGUGCCGGUUGGGGAGCCGAGGAUUCGAUCGUUGAAUUUCUUGAGGUUUUACGGGAGGCGAUUCACGGAGGCAUCGGUGUUGGCCGAGAAUGGCAAUGAGCCGGGCGAGUCAAUGGCGAUGUACCAGCAGCACGGGGCGAGUGGGAAUACGUCGAGCUCUUACGACUCGUUGUCGUACAUUUCGUCGCAACAAGUAUCUGGUCCUCGGUAGCGUUGGCGGCGUUUUUACGAUAAGAGCGAGUGUGUUUACUUUGAAUGAUUAUACGGAGGAUUAUUUAAUCGUCGUAUUAAUUAAUAUUACGAGGAUUAAAUAUUCUUCCAUGAAUGUGUGUUUGAUCUUUGGAUUGGCAUGUAAUGUGUAAUUAUCAAUUAGGGAUGAAGGAAAGGGGAAUUGAUAAUGAGGAUUGGAAUAUUUUUAUUUUUUAAUUUUUUAAGAUUUGAGAGUUUAAUGGUUUGUGAAAGGAGAAAUGUAUUUUUAUUGGAUGUACAACUAAAUAAUACUUCCGUUUCACAUUGAA